AUGAGGAGUGUUGUAGCUGUUUUUGAUCAAGGUCUCAGGGGGUCCCUGAGAGAGAGAGAAAGAGUGAGUAGAGAGAGGUUAGGUGUUGGGGUUGAUGUGAAGUGGAAUCAACAACAUUCACAAUACAGCCCAUUCUCUAGCCAAGAGUUUUAUUCUUCUAUCGCCUCCUCCACUCCUUUACUUUAUUCUUACACAUCACAUCGAUCCCCUUAUUCUUUAUUCGAUUAG